ACCAAUUUAAUUAAAUUCACAGAAUUAAUUAAACAAAACACCAUAAUAGAGAAAUGAAGAUGAAGAAGAAGAUAAUAAUCCUUAUCCCAUAUCCAGCACAAGGCCACGUCACUCCCAUGCUGAAGCUCGCCUCCCUCCUCUCCAACCUUGGCUUCCGUCCCGUCGUCGUCACGCCGGAGUUCAUCCACCGCCGCAUCUCGCCGCAGAUCAAUCCCAGAGACGGGAUUCUCUGCGUUCCCAUCUCCGACGGAUUGGACCCCGCCGAGCCUCGGGAUUUCUUCUCCAUCCAGCGGGCCAUGGAGGAAACAAUGCCUUCGAAUCUCGAAGAUAUUGUUCGAGGGAUGAUCCACGGAGGCGGUGGGGUUGCUUGUUUGGUGGUCGAUUUGCUGGCGUCGUGGGCCGUCGGCGUCGCACGGCAGUGCGGCGUGGAGGCGGUGGGGUUCUGGCCGGCCAUGCACGCAACUUACCGCCUCGUUUCCGCCAUUCCCGACUUGAUCCGUACUGGGGUUAUCUCCGAAAAUGGUUGUCCGACAAAUCCGAAAUCUCGUAUAUGCUUGUCUCCCAACGAGCCUACUUUAGCUGCAAAUGAACUCCCAUGGCUUAUCGGCUCUUCUUCGGCUAGGGUUUCGAGAUUCAAGUUUUGGACCCGAACCCUAGAAAGAGCUAAAACCCUCCGAUACCUCCUAACGAACACCUUCCCGAACGAGCUCGACUCGAAAACUCAAAAAACAAACAUGUUUCCCCGAGUUCUCAAAAUGGGGCCUCUAAUCAUGCAGGCCAAUACAAUAAGCACCGCUAGCUUUUGGGAAGAGGACAAGAACUGUGUGGACUGGCUGGACGAGCAGGAGGCGGGGUCCGUUUUGUACGUGUCGUUCGGGAGUUGGGUUAGUCCUAUAGGCGAGGGGAAGGUGGAGGGUUUGGCACUGACGCUCGAGGCUCUGGGGAGGCCGUUCGUCUGGGUGUUAGGGCAUGCGUGGCGUCGCGGGCUACCAUACGGGUACGCUGACCGGGUGGCGGCCCACGGGAGGAUAGUCCCGUGGGCCCCACAGGUCGAGGUGCUGAAGCACCCCGCGGUGGGGUGCUACCUCACGCACUGUGGGUGGAAUUCGACCGUGGAGGCCGUGCAGUGUAGGAAACCUUUGUUGUGCUACCCAAUCGCGGGCGAUCAGUUCUUGAACUGCGCGUAUAUUGUCGACGCGUGGAGGAUUGGAGUGAAGAUUGAAGGGUUUGGAGUUGAGGAAGUUGAGAAUGGGAUUAGGGAAGUUGUGGAGGAUGAAAAAAUGAGGUGGAGAAUUGAGAGAUUAAAUGAGAGGUUGUUUGGCAAGGAAGAGAGUUCAAAAGCAAUGGCUAAUUUAUCUUUGUUCAUUCUUGAUGUAUGUACUAGGUUGUUUGGGAAGAUUAAGGUGAAGUGAGAUAAGAGUACUAUGAAUGAAUAUUACGGAUACGGUAAUACAAGUGCGAGCUCGAGCUCGAGUUUGAAUAGUAGUUCACACGAUACAGAGGAUGAUCAUACGAUUGCCGCCAUGUUAGCCGAAGACGAGAAAUCAAGAUACGACGGCAAACUCGGCAAGAGGCUUUCUCAUUUGGACUCCAUCCCGCAUACUCCCCGAGUCAUUAGUGCUAUACCCGACCCAAAUGAUGCCACCUUAGACCACAACACACUAGCUCAAAGGAUGACGACAUAUGGCUUAGCUGAAAUGCAAAUGGAGGGAGAUGGAAAUUGCCAGUUUCGAGCCCUUGCGGACCAAUUAUUUCAAAAUUCAGAUCACCACAAGUAUGUAAGAAAGCACGUCGUUAAACAGCUUAAACGCCAUAGGCAUCUAUAUGAAAGUUACGUACCUAUGAAGUACCGAAGCUAUGUAAAGAAGAUGAAAAGGUUGGGUGAAUGGGGAGAUCACGUCACUCUACAAGCAGCUGCCGACCUAUUUGAAGCAAAAAUAUGUCUCGUCACCUCUUUCCGGGACAACUCGUAUAUUGAGAUUCUUCCGAAGGACAGAAGUCCGGUCCGAGAAUUGUGGCUGAGCUUUUGGAGUGAAGUUCACUAUAAUUCCUUGUAUCAAGCCGGAGAGGUUCCUACAAGAAAACACAGGAAGAAGCAUUGGCUUUUCUAAAAAGUUCGGAAACUCGUUUUUUUUUUUUUUAAAUAUUCAGCGGAGUUUAUAUCUAUAUAUAUGUAUGUACCUUGUAACUAUAUACCACACAUAGUACAUCUUCAUUUCUUCUGUUUGUUGUCUGUCUGAAAUCUGCAUAUUAUAUGCUAAAUUAUACUGUACUUGUGAGAUAUGUAUGUAUAUAUACACUGAGCAAAUUUGUAGUAAUUUUUAUUUAUUAUUUUAAUUUA